GUGGCGGGGACUGAAGCCGCAGCCCAGGCAGCAGUCUCCUUCGCUGCUGUCAGUCUGGGCGUAGUGCAUUACCCUGAGCCUACCCGCCGUGGGUUUCUCCGCAGUUUCCGCGGGGCUCCCGGAGCCCUGAAGGGCGAAGCGGCAAGGACGCCUCUCUUGAGAGAGGAAGCGACAUCGCAGCCCCGGAUGCGUCCGGAGGGCGCGGGAAUGGAGCUCAGCGGCUCUGAGGGACUCCUGCCGGAGGAGAGCAGGAGGGAGCACUGGCGGUUGCUGGGCAAUUUGAAGACUACUGUGGAGGGUUUGGUGUCAGCCAACAGCCCCAAUGUCUGGUCCAAGUAUGGUGGCCUGGAGCGACUUUGCAGGGACAUGCAGAGCAUCCUGUAUCAUGGGCUUAUCCAUGACCAGGUGUGUUGCCAUCAGACUGAUUACUGGCAAUUUGUGAAAGACAUCCGCUGGCUCAGUCCCCACUCAGCCCUUCAUGUGGAAAAGUUCAUCAGCUUGCACGAGAAUGGCCAGAAUGGCAGUGAUGGCGUGAGUGAGCGAGCUGUGGCAGAGCUGUGGCUGCAGCACAGCCUGCAGAGCCACUGUCUCUCAGCCCAGCUCCGACCUCUGCUUGGGGACAGACAGUAUAUCAGGAAAUUCUACACAGAUACUGCUUUCCUGCUAAGCAACGCCCAUGUCACGGCCAUGCUGCAAUGCCUGGAAGCAGUGGAACAGAACAACCCCCGCCUCCUGGCUCAGAUUGAUGCUUCUAUGUUUGCCGGAAAGCAUGGGAGCCCACUGCUGGUGACAAAGAGCCAGAGCUUGACUGCUCUGCCUGGUUCCACACAUGCCCCUCCAACCAACUACACUGAGCAUUCCUACUUUGGGUCCUCUAGUCUCCACCAGUAUGCAACCAGCCACAGCUCAGAAAAAAGAUCUACAUUUUCACUCACUGACCCUCCCUGGAAACCUCAAGAAAACACAGGACACAUCUCACAAGGAGAGAAUCAAACCAUCGAAGCCCCCCUGCUUCCAAUCUCUGCAUUAGCCAGAGAUUUGUCCUCGAUGCCAGAUGAGAUGAGCUCUAGCACUCUGACCAGUCCCAUAGAAGUGUCCUGGGGCAGCAGCCAAAAUGAUCCCCCAAGCAAUGCCAGUGAAGGACCUGAGUACUUGGCCAUUGGCAACUUGGACCCCCAAAGCCGGACCGCCAGCUGUCAGAGUCCCAGCAGCAAUGCUGAGAGCAGCAGCUCCAACUUAUUCUCCUCUGGUAGCUCCCAGAAACCAGAUUCUGCUGCUUCUUCCCUAGAGGAACAGGAGGGAGCUGGGCAGUGCCAGCAGUCCAGUGUCCUUCGUAGGUCCAGCUUCUCAGAGGGGCAGACACUCACUGUCCCUAAUGGAACAAAGAAGAGUCAUACUCGCUCCCAUUCAGAUACCAGCAUUGCUUCGAGAGGAGCCCCAGGAGGCCCCAGGAAUAUCACCAUUAUAGUUGAAGAUCCCAUUGCAGAAUCCUGCACUGAUAAGUCGAAGCUGAGAGGCCCCUUGCCCUCUUCUGGCCCAAGCAGUGAAGUCAGCACACCCAGCUCUCUGUACAUGGAGUAUGAGGGUGGUCAGUACCUGUGCUCAGGGGAAGGUAUGUUCCGAAGACCAUCAGAAGGACAGUCCCUCAUCAGCUAUCUAUCUGAGCAAGACUUUGGCAGCUGUGCAGACCUGGAAAAGGAGAAUGCCCAUUUCAGCAUCUCAGAGUCCUUGAUUGCUGCCAUUGAGCUACUGAAGUGCAACAUGAUGAGCCAGUACCUAGAAGAAGAGGAAGAGGAGGAGGAAGACAGUGAUAGAGAGAUCCAGGAACUGAAGCAGAAGAUCCGCCUUCGUCGCCAGCAGAUCCGCACCAAAAAUCUGUUCCCUGCGUACCAGGAGACUGAGCAUGGGAGCUUUAGGGUCACUUCCAGCAGCUCCCAGUUCAGUUCACGUGAUUCAGCACAAUUCUCUGACCCUGGCUCUGCUGAUGAGGCAGAUGCUUUUGAAAUCCAAGAUGCUGACAUCAGAAAGAAUACAGCCUCAAACAGAUCUUUCAUUUCCUCUCAAUCCUUCUCCAGCUGCUUCCUACACUCCACAUCUGCUGAGGCGGUGGCCAUGGGGCUCCUGAAACAGUUUGAGGGGAUGCAGCUCCCAGCCGCCUCAGAGCUGGAGUGGCUAGUUCCAGAGCAUGAUGCCCCUCAGAAGCUCCUGCCCAUCCCAGACUCACUGCCUAUCUCACCUGAUGACGGGCAGCAUGCUGACAUCUACAAGCUGCGUAUUCGUGUUCGUGGCAAUCUUGAAUGGGCCCCACCCCGUCCUCAGAUAAUUUUUAAUGUUCAUCCAGCCCCCAUGAGGAAAAUUGCUGUGGCCAAGCAGAAUUACCGCUGCGCAGGAUGUGGCAUCCGGACUGACCCUGAUUAUAUCAAGCGGCUACGGUACUGUGAGUACUUGGGCAAGUUCUUCUGUCAGUGCUGCCACGAAAAUGCCCAGAUGUUCAUCCCCAGCCGAGUUCUACGCAAGUGGGAUUUCAGCAAAUAUUAUGUCAGCAACUUCUCCAAGGACCUGCUCAUUAAGAUCUGGAAUGAUCCUCUCUUCAACGUGCAGGACAUCAAUGGUGCCCUCUAUAGGAAGGUCAAGCUUCUCAAUCAAGUCCGGCUGCUGCGGAUCCAGCUGUAUCACAUGAAGAACAUGUUUAAGACAUGCCGACUGGCCAAAGAGAUUCUGGAUUCCUUUGACAUGGUUCCAGGCCACCUGACAGAGGAUCUCCACCUGUACUCACUGAAUGACCUGACUGCAACCAGGAAAGGGGUACUUGGGCCCAGGCUUGCUGAGCUCACUAGGGUGGGAGCUGCCCAUGUAGAGCGAUGCAUGCUCUGCCAAGCCAAGGGGUUCAUCUGCGAGUUUUGUCAGAAUGAGGAUGACAUCAUCUUUCCUUUUGAGCUCCAUAAGUGCCGGACCUGCGAAGAGUGUAAAGCAUGUUACCAUAAAACUUGUUUCAAGUCUGGAAGCUGUCCUCGGUGUGAGCGGCUACAGGCCCGGCGGGAGUUGCUGGCCAAGCAGAGCCUGGAGUCCUACAUGUCAGACUACGAGGAGGAACCCACUGAAGCCUUGGCUCUAGAGGCCACCGUCCCGGAGACCACCUGAAGAGGGCACAUUCAGCCCUCUUCCUAGGGGCUAGGAUCACACAUAAUGCAGAACCGAGCCACCCUUUUAAGGACUUUCCCCACUUGGUUUAUUUUUUUUUUAAUUAUUACCAUUAUUUUUUAUGAUUUGUCUAAAGUCCAUGUGCAGUCAACCUUUGUUCCAUUGGUGGGGUCCAGUCUAUUGUGACUACUGUAGGUAGUAUUUCCAUCAGAACCGACACAUGGGUCUUAGGUGAAGCUUUUGGUGCCUCUGUCAGGGGAACGGACAGCAAGACCCAAUUUUUCUGGCAUCCCUGGCCUACUACUUGGACCAGAUCUGGUUUCCCAAGUAUCACUUCUGGUUUUAUUUUGUUGUGGUUCUGGGCUUCUGAGCCAGGCCUUUCUCAGCCAACUCACUUCUCCUUUGCUGCUGAAACAGGAGGAUGGAGUUUUCUCUCUCUCAAUCCUGGAAUAGGGUCAGACUGUGCCCUGAGGAGAAGCAGCAGAGAAUGGGACUACAUUGUGGGCAUUCUGUCCAGAUUAUUUAGGUAUUUUUGAGGCUAUAAAAAUAGCAUCAUUACUACCCUGGAAUCCUCAGAGUCCUCAGCAAAGCAGCCAUGACUUCCUUGUUUGAAAUACUCUAGGCAAAAACGGUGUCACAAGCUGACUUUCUUUAUCUACCCUGGUGGGCUUGAAGCAAAAAACAGAAUAGAUACUUAGGCCAGGCCCCUUCAUAGCCUUACACGAAGCGCAAGGGAGGCUGCGACUGUUGCUCAAGGAGCAUUCACUCAGUCGGAGCUCUUCGAAGGCGAUCGGGUCCCUUUUAGUCAACCUCGCUCUGGUACAGGUAUGAUCUUUCAAGCUCAGGCAAGUCCCUCAUGCCAUCCUAAACUGAGGAUGGAAACCCCAUCACCAUCUUAUUAGUGGGCCUCUUGCCUCUUUGUCCUGUUAGAUGUCAUCGUGGCCCAGCUCCAUUCCCUCUAUGCCCUUCCUGUAACAGAGCCAGAACCCUCCCCAGUGGCUGAUCUCUUGCCUUAGUUUCUUUUGUCAAAGUUGGAGAAAAGCAUCCUACUAUUAGUGGUGUUAAAGAACUUGACAAUUUAUAGAUAUAGGUGUGAAUGUUCCUGUGUUCUUGGGAUAAAUGAGUCUUUAAGCCUAUUAUGCACUGAAUGCUUUACCUUGGUGAUACUCAUAUGUGCAGUCAUUCUUUUCACAUUACUAAUUUUAAAACACACACCCUUUUUUAAAUGUGCAUUUUGAUGGGAAAAGUUUUUGAGGGGACCAUGUAUAUGUUUGUGGUGCUCUCUAUGUUGCUUAGCCCCUGACUUCUGUGUAAAACACUGGUCAGGAUCGCUGCUCUAGGGGAUGGCAGCUGUGUGAACAAAAGCCCACAGCAUUUUUCUUCUGGGACUUACUUCUUCCUGUGGACCCGUCUUUCCACAGUUGGGUGCUAGGAGAAAAAACCGUGUGGGUGCUGCCCCAGGAAGCUGAACAGAAAGUAGUGCAUGGAUGGUGGAAGCUGAUAAGUACCUGAGCUAGAGGCAACCAGGACCCUCACAGAGCACAGGAGGAGCAGUAAGGCAAGGGCCAGAGCUGAGUCUCCAUCAGGGCUGAAGGAAACAGGGAGAGAUUGCCCCCAGCCUUGGGAAUCUGAGGCUGCGUCAGGUUGGAAGACCGUGAGGCACUUCUUCCUCCAGCUCAUGGUGGGGGAGCCUCUGAAAGCCAAGGCUUCCAGCCACGCCCAGUUUUGAAGGGCUGACUAGAUGCUUCCUUUGUCCUUCCAGGAGCUUAGGGAAUGACCCCACAAAACUCAAGUCUCACUAAGGGUUAGGCCUCAGAGUCAGACUCAGAGAUUUGUAAAAAAUGGUGACUCUGCUUCCAGUUUUUGUUAAAAUUGCAAAUCCAGCUCCUUACUCCAAGUCUCCACACUGGGCUAGAGAGACACUCUCAUUACUGUCCUGCCUGUUUCAUAUCAGUGGACAGAAAAUGCUGACACUGUUUCUAAAGCUGAGCUCAACAAUCUCAUAUCCUCCUGGUUUUUCAUUGUUUUUUUCUCCACCUCCCCCAUUCCAUCCCUUUAGCUUGCAUAUCUGUUUAAGUGACCCUGACACUCUGCUGUCAACACUGUCCAAAUACCCAUUUAUUUAUUUAUUUGAGAAUAAGGAGAGAGAGGAAAGAAGAUGGGAUGUUUUGAAAGCACUUUGCAACUUACCAGUAUCUGAAAAUCCCCUGCUUUUGUGGAGAAAAGUUUUGAAUGCACUGAAGAGAGUUCCUUCUGAAUGAAAUGGGAGGGAGAAGUGUUCUUUUCUAUAAAUAAGGGGGAAGAAAUGGUUGCUUACAAGGUAGGGACAAAAUUGAAGACAUAGCAGAGGAGUGGAAGGCAAAUGUUUUCCACUUAAAUGAGGCUGUUACUGACUUUUCUCUGCCAAGUAUGUCGAGCUUUUGCUAGAUUAGUGUAAAAGGAGCAGGAGUCUGAAUAGAGAUGUGUGUGUGCCACUCAUAUUCUGAACUAGAUUGCUCCUUGCUGCAUUUCAUACACAGCCUAACAGUUCACUGUCAUGUUAAUAAACCAAGGAAAUGAAAUUUUGCCUCUUA